UCGAGCGAUAAUGAGCUUGGGACCAUCCUGGUCCCACGUCGCGUAGAGGCUUUCCAAGCUAUGGUGAGUCAUGGCGAGCUAUGCCGAGCCACGGUCCAUUGGAUCCUACUCUUGCUCGUAUUUAAAACGUUUGAUUUCUACGUAUCAUUAUAAUUCAGAGUGUAAGAUGACAGACAUGAAAAAGAUUGUACCUUUCUACUAUUCGAUAAGCGGCAAUAUGGAGGAAGACAAGAAACUUUUAGAACCGGCCGAAUACAGUCUGCAAUGCAAUGAUAUACAUCCAUAUAGAAGAUUAACCUCGAUUUUCAACUACUGGUUUAAAAUAUCACCUGAUAAAUUUCAACAGAUUGACGAAGUAAUGCAAAUGGCCUAUAAUGUAGGCACCUUGUAA